AUGGUAAAAUCUGGAGGAGACUUCAAUGUGGUUUUGAAUGAUGAAGUAAAGAUAGGGGGUAAUCCUAUUCAACCUCAGGAUGUAGAAGAAACAUGCAUCUUUCUGGAUCUGAUUAGCGGAAAUUGGUCCACUUGGGAGCAUGAGGACCCUUUUAUAAACUUCAAAUGGAAGAUGAAAAAGUUGAAAGGGGUGUUAUCCAAAUGGAGCAGGGAAGUGUUUGGUGACAUCUUCAAGCAGCUGAUCAUAAGGGAGGAAAUAGUGAGAUUAAAGAAAGAGUUGUUUGAAGAAAAUCCAAGCCAAGUAAAUAGAAUGGUUCUGCAGAAAGCUCAGGCUGAGACUAAAAGAUACUUGCAUUAUGAAGAAGCGUACUGGAGACAAAAAUCAAGCCUGGAUUGGUUUGUUGAUGGUGACAAAAAUACUAGAUUCUUCCAUAAUCUAGUAAAGGGAAGAAGGAAGAAACUGCAGAUCAAAAGAAUUCAAAAUUCAGAUGGUUCAUGGAUUGGGGAUGAGGACCAAAUGGCAGCUGAGGCUGUGCACUUUUAUACACAACAAUUUUCACAAGAAGAUUCAAUUAGAGGAGAAAAUUUAUUGUCACAUAUUCCUGUUUUGAUUAAUCAAAAUAGAAAUGAUCUACUGUGUCAAAUGCCUAGUGUUGAUGAAACUUGUUGGGAUAUUAUUAGCUUGGAUGUAUACAAGAUGGUGGUGGCUUUCUUUCAGGGUCACACUCUUCCUAAGGCAGUUACUCAUACAAAUCUUGUUCUACUAACAAAGAAGGAGUUGGUUCAAAGUUACUCAGACUUAAGACUUAUAAGUUUAAGUAAUUUUACCAACAAGGUGAUGUCAAGAGUGGUUCAUGAUAGAUUGGAAGCUGUGCUACCAGAGUUGAUAUCUAUUAAUCAAGCAGGCUUUGUACAAGGGAGAAGCAUUAUUGAGAAUGUGCUCUUGGCACAAGAAAUUGUGACAGACAUCAGAAAAAGGGGCAAACCAUCAAAUGUAGUGAUCAAAUUGGACAUGGUAAAGGCCUAUGAUAGAGUAUCUUGGUCAUAUUUGAUAAAGUUACUCAGCAGAAUGGGAUUUGCUAGUCAAAUCAUUGACAUGAUUUGA